AGUAAGGCCCAGUUGAGAAGAAACAGACUGUAACAGCCCGACUCCCGCCCAAAACCUCCAGAACGAUACAAAUGGCGGCCAAACGGUGGAUCGACGGAGACGAGACCGCCGCCGAGAUGCUUUCUAGGGUUUCAUCAGAGCGGCCCUUCUUGCUUCUUCCGCCUCUCCACCGCGUUCCUCUCCGCGUCGGCAAUGUGGUCGAGCUCGCCGGCCCCUCUUCUUCAGCCAAAACCCAGAUCCUGAUUCAGGCUGCUGUGAAUUGCAUUCUUCCUAGGGAGUGGAAUGGUGUGCACUAUGGGGGUUUGGAGCGUUUGGUGAUGUUCAUUGACUUGGACUGUCGCUUCGAUAUAUUGCGCCUUUCGGAAAUGCUAAAGCACAAGAUUAUGGAACCCAAUGGGUCAAUGCAUGAUCACGAGGAAUUGUUUGCUGCGUGCAUGAGGCGCUUCAUGUAUGUCCGGUGCUAUGACAGUCUUGAAUUUCUUGCCACUCUCAAGACGUUGCACCAUCGGCUGAAAAGGGAAAAAGCCAUGCAUAAUGUUAACAUUCAGUUGCUCAUGAUUGACAGUAUCGGACCUUUCCAUUGGGUAGAUCGUGGGUCAACAUUUUUUCCAUUGGGGAGUCAUAACAGGAAAUGCCUCUCUCUUCAGAGUAUUUCAGAAACUGUAGUUCAGGAGAUUAGAAAGCUUCUGGUGCUGCAUCCCAUGCUUGUAAUAGCUACAAAAGAAAUCGUUUUGGGGAAUGUAUAUGGCACGGAUGGGGCCAAACAAAAUAAAUAUAUGCUGGAAGCAUCAGGUAUAAGAAGUAUAACAAGUAGUAGUCAACAACUUCCAUAUCGUGAAUUUAUGCCACCCAUCUGGCAGUCACUCAUUACACACAAGAUACUUGUACGAGCUUCAGAUGAUCAUCUGCUUAUAAGACCUGACCAAGAAAAUUCUCUUUAUUUGUCGGAGUGGUUAUUGCCAUCACUUGGCUAUCAGGACAAGUUUGUAGUGAAAGAUGCUGGUAUCUUUGUUGUCUCAUGAUUAGAGUUCCAGGAGCAUGGAAUGCGGUCUCCUCCUUGUUUAAUAAUUCCCCCUAUGCCAACAUGAGGGAGGACCAAAAGAAAUGGUAUUCUUGAUGUGUAUCAUGAAGAUAAUAGAAGUGCAGACCGAUUAUCUUCUCUUUUCGAGGAUAUGUCUCGUCUAUAUGGUCUUGGAUCAACCUCAGAUGUGCCAAGCCGCGAAGUCACUUGUAUGGGAAGAUACUAGGGUGGUUGUGGCUCUUUGCAACUAAAACGAAAGCAAAACAGAAGGUUCUUCUUAAAAGACUAACAGGGUACAUAGCAGUACAUAAAACUGUGCUCUUUGAGAUGAUGUAAAUUGAUCAUAUACUUAAUGUAAACUGUUUGAGAGUACAUACAACACCCUUUCAAA